UGAUAAAAAUCCAGCCGCGUUAACCAAAAAAAAGUUGAUACUAGUCACGAAUUUUCUAAAGCAAUAUUUGUAAAUGAAGCCAGCUUAAUUUCCAUGCUAUUUCCUAAAGUCCCAGCUACUGCAUUUGCUCUCUUCAAUCACAAGUAAUCGAAAAACCCUUCAAACACGUACAUCGUUUCAACAAAAACACUCCCAUAUAUUCACACCCUUCUCUCUCUUGUCAUCACAUAAAAGGUGCCAGGUAUCAAUAUCUCUUUGUUCUUUUCCGCAUAGCUAAACCAGCAGCAGCAGCAGCAGCAGCUUACCGCUUCGAGUAUCUUUGCUGCUGCUGCCACCCACCGUUUGGAAAUUCUUUUUCUUGCUUUUCCAACUACUGGAGUAACAAAAAAACAGGACCAAGUAAAGCAUGGGGAAAACGCUGGACACAUUGCUAAGGAGAAGCUUCAAGGCUUCCAAAUUCAAGGCACUUUUAAACCUUGCCAUCUCACGUCUUGCUGUCCUUAAAAACCAGAAGCAAGCUCGCUGUUCGCUUGCUCGUUCUGAUGUCGUUCAACUCCUCCAAGCGUCCCAGCAAGAUCGCGCUCUCAUCAGAGUUGAGCAAGUGAUCAAGGAGCAGAACAUGUUGGAUGUGUUUGUAAUGAUUGAGGGAUAUUGCAUCCUAUUGAGUGAGAGGAUCAAACUUAUUGAGCAUGAGAAAGCAUGCCCGGAUGAGCUUAAAGAGGCUAUAUCGAGCCUGAUUUUUGCUGCAUCAAGGUGCGGGGAAUUCCCAGAGCUGCAAGAGAUACGCUAUGUAUUUGCAUCACGUUAUGGCAAAGAGUUCACCCUUCGUGCAAUCGAAUUGCGCAACAAUUGCGGUGUCAACUCCAAGAUCAUCCAAAAACUAUCCACCAGGCCCGCAAUCUUGGAAAACAGGAUGAAGUUGCUGAAACAAAUAGCUGAUGAAAAUGGCAUCACUUUGCAGCCGGAGGUGACUCCUUCAACGGCGGAAGAGGAAAAAUCAAUUAAAGGAGAGGAGAACCAUAAUGGCGGGAAGCUAUCAGCUGGUUAUAUAGACCGAGCAAAUUCUGCGGAUGAUUUACAAGGUAUACCUGAAGAUAUGAACAAGGCUGGGGGAUUGAAUCUAUCAAUGAAUAGGAGAAGAGAGUAUAAAGAUGUUGCAGAAGCUGCCCAAGAAGCUUUCUUAUCAGCAGCAUAUGCAGCAGCUGCAGCAAGGGCUGCAGUGGAGCUAUCUAGGUCUAGUUCUGGAGGACCACCAGAUGAUCUCAAUAGCCCAAAUCAUAAUCAAAGAAAGGAAGACUUGAAUUUAGAUAGGGAAGUAAAAUCUGGAACGGAAAUAAGUGAGAGUAAAUUGUCAUGGGAAACUGAAGACUCUGUUUCAAGGCAUAAUAAAGUUCAUCCGCUCGACAAUUCUGUCCUCGAUUUUGAUGAUAAUGAGGAAACCUGUCAAAGUGACGAGAUGAUGAUGAACAUCAAGCAAGCUGAUCCAAGAAGCGAUUCUUCAGGUGUAGCCUCAGGGGUUCUUGGAUUAUAUGAGCAAAACGUGAAGAUAGAUGAGAGUGAUGAUGAAAAUGAGAGUGAGAAGAUCACUUUAGUUGGCAACAAAGAUGAAUCAGGAGAAAGAGGAGCCGAGAUGCCUUAUCAUCCUCAGAAACAAACACCUCCAGGAUUUCAAUCUAAAUCCAAGAGAGACAAUGAGGAACAGUUUUCUGCAGGAUUGGCCGUAAAGAGUACACAGAGGCUGAAUACACCUAGAGGGCCAUUUUCUGUGAGGACCAGAAGAUAGCAUUUAUAAAUAUUUGAGCAAUGCAUAAGAGAUAUACAAGUUUUUUUUGUUGGGCCUCCUAUUUUCAGUUGCUGUAUGCAGAAUGUAGCUAGAGGCAGUAGCUAUAGUGUGUAUUAUGUAGAGAUUACACCGAAGCCUAUGAUUUUCGGUAUACAUCGGUAGAUGAUUUGGUUUACUAAAAAAAGUCAUUAAAGCUUCAAA